AUGAGCGCAUCGUCCGAGGAGCGCGCGUCCGACGACGACGACGACGACGAGCCCCCGCGCGUCGUCGACCCCGCGGAGGCGGCGUCGACGGCCAUGGAGACGCCGCGGCAAAAAGCGCGUCAGAGCGCCGCGGAGGCGGAGGCGGCCGCGGUCGCCGCGCGCGCGGGCGCCGCGGAAGCCGCCGCGAAGCGGUUCGAGCGCGCGUCCGCCGCGGCCGCGGAGGCGGCCUCGAGACCCGCGCCGCCCGCGCCGGCGGGACCGUCCGCCGCGACGCGAGACGCGAGGGAGAAGCUGCUGGACAUCUCGCGCGCGAUUCGCGACCCGCAUCGAAACGCGCCGCCCGCGCAAGAGCGGUGCAUCGCGACGCUCCACUCGAUCGUCUCGAACGCGCUGACGCGUCCGGACGACACCAAGUAUCGCAAGAUUCGGUGCGCCAACAAAACCGUAGCCGCCGCGGUCGCGAACUGCCUGAGCGGCGAGGAGUUCCUGCUCGCGUCCGGGUUCGCGCGAAAGGUGGACACCCUCGAGGCGUACUACGUCUGCGGCGUCCGCGAGGAGGGCGGCGGGAGGUGGAGCGUGUCGCCGACGACGCCGCCGGCACUGAGAGAGCGACUGGAUAUCGCGCGCGACGUCCUUCAAAAGGCGCUCGCGUCGGCGCGCGAAAAGACGGAGCGGUACGAGCGCGAGAAGAACCGCGAGAAGAACGAGAUGAUAGACGCGAAAGAGAAGGCGAAGGCGGCGAUCGCGGAGGACAAAGAGCGGCGGCGGCAGGCGGAAGCGCGCAAGAGAGAUGCCAAGGCGCUCGCCGCCGCCGCGGAGACGGACGCCGCGUGAUGACGAUGAGAGAGAGUUAACGAACGAGCGAAUGACACAGCUGUAAACGAACGAACGUUCC